GUAGACAGGGGAGUCGUUAGCUUGGUUGAAGUAGUGCGUUGCAUGCUUUUAAUUUUUAAUUCAUUAAAGAAGGAAAAAUAAAAAAAUAAGUAAUGCCUGGAAUGAUGGAAAAGGGUUCGGAGUACCUUGGGAAAGGACGUUCAAACGGGACGAAAAGCCCCUCAAAUGCAUCGAAUGGACAUUUUUCCGAUGAGAGUGGCAGCGAUGACGAGCACGAUGUGGGAAUGCGAGUGGGAUCUGAAUAUCAAGCGACUAUCCCUGAAUUUGAUCCGGGUUCCACAAAGUAUACUGAAAAGGACAGCGGGGGCAUGCUAGUGUGGUCUCCACACCAUACUAUUGCUGAUACUAAAUUGGACGAAUAUAUAGCCAUUGCAAAAGAAAAGCAUGGAUACAAUGUUGAACAGGCACUGGGCAUGUUGUUCUGGCACAAGCACAACAUAGAGAAGUCACUAGCUGAUCUGCCUAACUUUACUCCCUUCCCUGAUGAAUGGACCGUGGAGGACAAAGUGCUGUUUGAACAGGCUUUCAGCUUUCAUGGGAAAAGCUUCCAUAGAAUUCAACAAAUGCUACCAGACAAAUCAAUUUCCAGUCUUGUGAAAUACUACUACUCUUGGAAAAAGACACGUUCCAGGACAAGUCUAAUGGAUCGACAAGCAAGAAAAUUAGCAAAUCGAAAUAAUCAAGAUGAAAGUGAUGAAGAAAUGGAAGAAGCUAAUCCCAUUGAAGCAAAUGACAGUGAUUAUGACCCAACAAAAGAGACCAAAAAAGAGAGUCACUCUGAAACACCGACCCCAACUACUAAGAUAGGGCUGGGCAGACGGGAGCACCAGACACUCCAGCACCGACACCACUCCCAGCGCUCCAAGUGCCGCCCCCCCAAAGGCAUGUACCUCACUCAGGAGGAUGUGGUAGCUGUUUCCUGUAGCGCCAGUGCAGCAAACACUGUUCUUAGACAACUGGACAUGGAGCUAGUGUCAUUAAAAAGACAGGUUCAAAAUGCAAAACAGUUAAACAGUGGUCUUAAACAGAAGAUGGAAGAAGGUAUAGAUGACUUCAGGUUGCCUGAGUGCAACCAGAAAGUUAACGCCCGCUGGACAACAGAUGAACAGCUUCUUGCAGUUCAAGGUGUCCGGAAGUAUGGGAGAGACUUCCAAGCUAUUGCCGACGUUAUCGGUAAUAAGACUGUAGGUCAGGUAAAAAACUUCUUUGUGAACUACCGUCGUCGCUUUAACUUGGAGGAGGUGCUGCAGGAGUGGGAGGCAGAGCAGGGAACACGGGCCCCCAACGGUGACACUGCUACCUCAGGGGAGGAGGGGAAGAACAGUUCCAACACUCCGUCAGGGAAGAGUACCGACGAAGAGGAGGAGGAGGGCCAGGUGACCCCAGCGUCAGGCCCGUCUCCCGUGGCCCAGGCCUUGGCGGCCCAGGCUCCUGCAGCCAGUGCGGCCUCCCUGAAUCAGCCGCCCCCUCUGCUGCGGCCGUCCCUCCCCGCCACCCCCGCCCUCCACAGGCAGCCACCGCCACUCCAGCAGCAGGCUCGCUUCCUGCAGCCGCGGCCCGCCCUCAACCAGCCGCCGCCCCUCAUCCGGCCCUCCAACCCCAUGCCCCCCCGUCUUAACCCGCGGCCCGCCAUGCCCUCCGUCAGUGGCCAGCAGCCACCCACGCUGAUAGGCAUCCAGGCUGAGGCGCCUUCCUCCUCACUGCACUGAGUGCGUGCAGCACGCGCCGGGGAAAAUGGAACGUUGGGGGGGGGCGGGGAUUAUUUCUUCUUUUUAAAGGAACAAGAUUCGUUUUUCUGUUUUUCUGCUGAUGGAACGUCAGAGACGCUUCCUGCAGUGCUUGCUGUACGGUGUGACACUUACCUGACUAGAGAGUUUCUAUGUUUUAGGAAGGUCUCGGCUCAUUGUGGAGUUAAUAUUAUGUAUAUGUUGGCAAAAUACAUUUUUAUUUUAGUUGUCUUAUUUAUUUUAGAGGUUUUUAAUAGUUAAUUGAUCCUUAAGUAUCUCAGUCUUUAUAAUCAGUAAUUUGUUGAUUUAACAGUUAUUAAUAACAGUUGAUAUUAUCCUGUGACACCCUGUUUACAGGAAAAAUAUCUCUUCUUAAUUGACAUUAGUUGCCAAAAGAAUGUUGCAAAAACACUACUAAGUUGAAUUGCGAUAAGAUUUAAGCUAUAAGCUACUUAAAAUCAAGGGAUGUGCUGUAUUUUAUUUCAUUUGCGACAGCUCAGAGAAGUGCUAAUUUCUUUAACAGAGAAAUUGUUCUCUUGUGUAUAUAAGCAGUUAUUUAUUUUUGUACUUGGUGCUAUGGACUCCUUACUAAUUUUGCGUGUGUGUAGACAAAACACCACCAUAAAAGUGCUCUUAAGUAUCCAGAAGUUUGUUUCUAUCUUCACUUUUUUCUUGUACAUGUAUGGAAUGAGAUGUAACCCAAUUAUAUGAAUUUCAAACUGGAAAAUAGGAUAAUCUAUGUUGGUAAUAGAACUGUGAAGUGUCAGAUCAGCUGCUAUGCCUUUUGUCAUCUGUGUAUUAGAGUCAUUUGAAGAAAAACGUGUUGCAGAGUACUGGUCUGAAUAUUUCAUUAAGGAUUAUUUUUCUUUUAUAGUGGAGUAUCAUACUUACAGAAGAAUCUCACUUCCCUGUAGGUUUGAAGUAGGGCCAUAGGUUGAUUAAGUUAGAAAGUUGUUUUGGAAGUUGCAAAUAGCAUUUCUGUUUCUGUAAUAUUUGGAAUUCAUGUCUAACAAUUGAGAUCUUGUAUCCACAGAGACUAACAUGUAUCAGUUAACAUACGUGAAGAGUCGGUGACCAGUGCAAGGGAGUCAUUUCUGGGCUCUCCAAAACUACACUUGUAAGAAGAAUUUAAACUGGUCGAAUGAUAACUUCAGUAUACUGAAGUACAGCAACUAAUUAUUUGUUUCCAUUCUGUGGAAACGAGUAUGUUCUUGUCCAUCAACAUGCAGGUCACUAGGACCUUAACACUACUUACCAUCUUGCCUUAAAGAUAACUGUGCGACAUUCAACUCUAUAUCCAUUGGCUUGCUGUUGAUGUUUUGCUUUAAUGUGAGCUUUUCAUCUUUGUAUCAUGUGUAGCCUUGUUUUUUUCUUCUUCAAGUCAUUGUUUAUUAUAAACCAAGCCUUGCUUAUAGAAGUAGCAUUUUUGUGUAAUUGUUUUAUGUCUUCAGUAAUUUCCAAAUGUAGCAUCUGAUUUACUCUUCGUUUGUGUGUGCUUGUUGGGUUUAGAAUGUUAUUCCACUUACAGCUAACUUAAAAUCAUAGCCAUGUUCCUCUCCUCCAGAGUUACAUACAAAUGUCUGCUUGAAGUACAUCAGUGGCCAGUUUAUUUGUAUUCCUUUUGUAACUUUGUUCCUUUUUACAUGGACUGAAUAAUUGAAAUAAACACUUUCUAAAGCAUAUACAAAACUGUUAGAAAUAGCACUUAAAACAGCUGGACUCCAUUCGUUACCUAAUUAUUUUAGGUAGGAGGAUCUUUUUCAUCUCCUUUGCUCUAAAAAUUCUAUAUAAUGUUAAUUGACAUAGGUCCUCAAAGAUACAUAAUUUUGCCUCGAUUAGUGCCAUAGGUUAAUCUGAAGGUUUUAUGGCAUGUCUAGUAUAGAUAUUGGAAUUUAAAGACUUGAAACAAAAAUGCUAGUUUGUAACUGUGG